CGCUGUCCUGAUGGGCGGGGACGGGCGGCCCCAGGACGGCGGCGGUGAGGUUGUGUCGCCCUGGGUCCGGCCGACGCUCGUGUCCUGGUGGCUCUGGUUGUCCCUCGCGCGCAUCGUGGGUUUCCUUCCGAUUAACAAGAUCGAGGGCCGCGGUGACUUACCGGACGUGUCUCGAGCCUGGACCAGGUACGGCAUGGGGCUGCUGGCGACACUGACGCUGCUGCGCGCCACGUCCACGGCCUUCUUCUGGCUUGGGCCGUACCCCACCCAGUGCAUGUCACACACCGAUGUGUUCCACACGGCCUUCAUCGCCAUGGUGAUGCUCAAGAUCCUGGGGAUGAGCGUGGUCUCGCUGGCGUGCUUGCGAGCGAGACACUCGCAGUGCGCCGUGGUCGCGGGCCUGCAGCGCUGCCUGGAGCUGCAGCCCCUGCUCCGGCCGGAGUGCUGGGCGCGUCUCCUGGCCAUCAACGCAACCUUCUUUGCGCUCCUCAUCUUUUUCCCGUUCUCGAACUUGACGGGCGCGCAGAGCAUAGAGCUGACCUUCGACGUGUUCUCUGACGUGUGCGACGUGCUCUCCACGCUCCUCCUGGCCGUCUUGGAGGGCGUGUUCGCCAACGAAGUCUCCCUGCUCUGGGCCUUCUGCACCGACCUGCGCCUGCGUAUUCUUAGCCUCCUCCUCACCUCGCCAACAAGCCCGGCCUUCCCUCCCGCGUCCCCGUCGACCUCCCCGCUGGCCUCCUCGCCAGCCUCCCCUUUUCUACUUCGUACCACCCCGGGCGAUGUCUCUCCGCUCCAGUUGUCACCCUGGUCGAUGGAGAACGGUCGCCACCCGGACCUGACCUCUAGCCCCGGCGGCCAGUCGGUGGACUCCGCCUGGUCGUCGGACACGUACUGUCGUCCUGCCGCCCGGAGCCCUCCGGCCGAGGUCGCCGUCUCCUGGAGGGAGGUGCGGCUGCGACACAUCCGCCUGCAGGACGUGCGGCUCGCCAUGUGCUCGGCGAACGGCUGGCCGAACCUGAUCGCCACCACGCUGUCCCUCCUGGACACGUCCGUGUCGCUCUUCCAGGACGUGUCCUCGGUCGAGGCCCAGGACAGGGGCUCCAUGCCGUUCUUCUCGGCGGCUUGGGGCCUCGUCGUGGCCGCAAAGUUCGCGUUCAUUUGCUGCACCUGCCAACAGGUGCAGAACGAGCACUCUGCCAUGUUGCACGCCCUGAACGGAUUUCUGGCGCGCUACCCGGACCUGCCGUCCGACGUGAACUCAGAGGUGCGGGGCUGCAUCUCUCAGAUACAGCUGUUAAAGAAUGAUUUUACUGCUCUGGACAUCGUCACCCUCAACGUGAAGACCAUGGCGUCGACUAUUCUGGCUGUUUUUUCGUAUAUUGUGGUUCUGGUGCAGUUCGACCGCUCAUGCUGACAGGCUUCUCUGAGCUCGCAAGGCGGCACAGUGAGCAGAAGAGUUUGAGGGACAGAAUGACAUGGCAAGACAAGACU